CAAUGUUUGUUAUAUAAAUAGAUUAACGAUAAAUAUAUGAUUGUACAAAUUAGGAAAUAAUAAUUGAAUUAAAUUAAAUUCAACUCUGUCUCUACUCUACUCUACUCAACUGCAAUCAAACCAAACCAAAACGUUUUGGGUGGCAACGCAUCAAUGGAUUGGAUUCAACAACUUACCUCCGUUGACUGGCAACAUGAAUCCUUCCCAGCUUAUCGUGAUUUCUUCCUUCUUCCUUUCUUCGCUUUCUUCUUUCCUUCUCUUCGUUUCUUUCUCGACAGUUUCCUUUUCGAGAAAUUGGCCAGACGAUUCAUUUUUGGAAAGGGACAUGAGGUGCUUGAUUUUCAUACAGAUGAUAGCAGAAAGAAGAUUAGAAAAUUUAAGGAAUCAGCGUGGAAAUGCGUUUAUUUUCUAUCCGCAGAAAUUUUUGCAUUGUCUGUAACCUACAAUGAGCCUUGGUUUACUGAUACAAGAUAUUUUUGGGUUGGGCCAGGGAAUCAGAGAUGGCCGGAUCAAAAAAUUAAAUUGAAAUUGAAGGGGCUAUAUAUGUAUGGUGCUGGAUUUUAUUCAUACUCCAUACUUGCUUUAAUAUUCUGGGAAACAAGACGCUCUGACUUUGGGAUUUCAAUGACACAUCAUGUUGCUUCUCUCAGUCUCAUUGUGUUAUCCUACAUUUUUAGGUUUGUUCGAAUUGGAUCAGUUGUUUUAGCUCUUCAUGAUGCUACUGACGUGUUUCUGGAGAUAGGGAAAAUGUCCAAAUACAGUGGUGCUGAAAAAAUAGCUAGCUGUGCAUUUAUUCUUUUUGUGCUGUCUUUCACCAUGCUACGUGUCGUUUACUACCCAUUCUGGGUUCUUCGAAGUACAAGCUAUGAACUGGUUGAAACCUUGAAAUUUGAAAAUCAUUGGGUGAAGGGUUAUAUACAUUAUUAUGUAUUCAAUACUCUUCUAUUUUGCCUGCUUGUUCUUAAUAUUUAUUGGUGGGUGUUGAUUCUUCGGAUGCUUGUUGGUCAAAUCCGAGCAAGAGGAAAAGUUAGUGAAGAUAUUCGAUCUGAUUCUGAAGAUGAACAUGAACACGAAGAAUGAGCAUGACAACAAGAUUGACGAUUAUCACGCUUUAUUUGAAAUGGUAUCAAUUUUUUUACACAAAUAGUCACAUUUUAUGUGAUGACAAUGUAAAAUUAACCAAAAUUCGUUGGGAAAUACCAGCAGAAAUUCUCUCUUAUGUGAAAUCAAAAUAGACUCUAAGCAGUUACAAUAGAAAUUAUAAGAGAAUCUGCUACAAUAUAAGCAAUUUUAGGUAUUGUACAAACCAAUGCUCACAUAAGACUUCUCAUAACAGGAGAAUAGGGUAUCUUCUUGCUCA